AUGCACGACCUCAAUCUCACGCUCGCCAUCGGACACUGCCUGUACUUCUGGUGGGAGGUUCGCAAGCUUGAGAAGCCAAAGUAUGUGGUGACAAGGACCCUGAAGACACGGCAGACGCCGUUUUUCGGCACAACUGCCGAGAUUCGGAGCUAUGCCCCUUUCUUGACCGCUGAGGUAACACUGGAGGGCUGUGACAUGAACAUGGCGAUGGGCUCUGGCUUCAGGCAGGUGGCGGGGUUCAUCUUCGGGAAGAACAAGGCUGUGGACCGUGAAGGAGCCGAGAAGGUGUCCAUGACCUCGCCUGUGGCGAUGGAAGUGGUGCACAACGAGAAGAUCGGGAUGACAGCGCCAGUCAUGUCCCAGCAGGACGGUGGUGGAGUCUACAAGGUGGCAUUCACCAUGCCCAGCAAGUACACCAAGGACACCCUGCCGCGGCCCGACAACCCAAACGUCAAGAUCAUCGAGGUGCCGUCUCGCACCAUGGCCGUGCUGACAUGGAAUGGCGGGGUCCCUCGUGAGGAAACUACGGCCAGCAAGACGCAAGAGUUGCGGGCCCUGCUGGCAGCGGCGGGCGUGAAGAGCACGGGAAGCGUGCACGUCUGGGCUUUCCUCGUCUCAUUCAGGCUGCCCAUCCAGCGCAUCAACGAGAUCUUGCUGGAGGUCGAAAGCAAGUAG